UUUUAUUCUUAUUCCAGCAGUUGAUCGCCAGUAAUUGAAAAAUAAUAAUAAUAAUAAUGACCAGAGAUGAGUGCUACCACAAAGAAUAGAGGAACAAUUUUCUGGUCAUUCCUCUGAUUCUGAGAAAAAUACUGCUGAAGAAUACGACUGCUGUUGCUGCUGCUAAACAUCAUUGUGACCGGGAUGAUGAACACCACUGCGCCGCCCUCAGAGCUGCCACUUCGCGAGUGGUCGUCCCCUGCAGCCGCUGGCAACAAGAACAAGCAUGGCAGCCAUCAGCACCACACCAACACCAACAGCAACAACAAGGGGCGGCCAGUGUACAAGCACGUGCCACACCGGGAGAAGCCGCCGCAUUUGGUCGCCCGUCGCAACGCCCGCGAGCGGAAACGGGUCCAGGCCGUCAACCUGGCCUUCAUCCAUCUCCGCCGGGCCCUGCCCAUUGAGUCCAGAGGAAAACGGGUCAGCAAGGUGAAAACCCUAAAGACAGCCAUGGACUACAUUGCGCACUUGGUGACCAUCCUUUCUUCAAGUUUGGACCUCCCUUUCAUGCCCUACCAACAACAUCAUCGACAGCAGCAACACCAACACCAUCAACUGCAGUGCAGCGCCAUCUGUCUCAACUCACCCCUCAACCACCAUGCACAUGAGUUUCAUGAGAAGGAGAACACUGCCUCAUGCCUACACCACUACCAGGAUGCUCUCAACAACAACAACAGCAGCAACAUGAGCAUCUAUACCACUUUUCAAGAGGAUCCCAGCUACUGCAACUACUUGGAGUCCAGCAUCAACUUCUGAAGUUCAUCUUGGGAAAUUGCUGAAAUUCUUACGUACUGUACUUGAAUAAAUUACCUAUGAAAGUGAUGGCACCUGAAGACAAAUACAAUUGGAUUGCAAUCUU